AUGGCGUUCGCGCAUUCGAAUCUGGAUCUGCCCUUGCUGAUUCGCUCCCCGGUGUGGGCAGGGAUUCCUCGCAGGACACGCAUGCACUGCAACCGGUACACAGGAAUCCGUGUCGUGCGCGGCUCACUCAAACGGCUGCCAAGAAAACGCCAGCGUAUCGUAUCUGUGAGAUGUACCGAGCGGACGGGCAAGAUUUUUCUUCGUGUCAAUCUAGAGCCCGUCCAAUAG